AUGCUUAAAUCAAUCAAGAGUGUGGUGGUUGGUGAUGGUGGCGUAGGAAAGACGGCCAUGUUAAUCACUUAUACAACUAAUUCAUUUCCUGGCGAAUAUAUUCCUACCGUUUUUGAUAACUAUACCGUUGAUGUAUUGGUAGAAAAGAUGCCAAUCCAUCUGGGUCUUUGGGAUACUGCUGGACAAGAAGGAUAUGAUCGAUUAAGACCUCUAUCAUAUCCAGAAACGAAUAUCUUUUUAUUAUGUUUUUCAGUAGUAUCACCUUCAUCCUUUAACAAUGUCUUACAGAAAUGGACACCAGAAUUAAGACAUCACUGCCCUGAUGCUCCAAUCUUAUUAAUUGGAACCAAGCUAGAUUUGCGUGAAGAUAAAGAAGCUAAUGCCUUUAUGCAAGAAAACAAUCAACGUCCAAUUCCAUUCGAAGAAGGUCGAAAGUUAGCUAAGAAAAUAGGAGCAGUGAAUUAUGUCGAAUGUUCAGCAUUAUCCAAGAAAGGUUUAAAAGAAGUAUUUGAUGAAGCCAUCAAUAUUGUAUUAUAUAAGGAUGUUGCACCAGCCAAAAAGAAGAAAAAACAUUGUAAAGUUUUGUAA